AUGCCUCAGCCACUAGAACAAGCGGUAGGUAAUGGCGGCGAUAAGAGCAAGAGCACUGCUCGAGGUCGGUUGCGCCCCCUUCCUUCGAUUCCUUUGCAAUGUUUGGUCCCAAUCGAAGGCAAACUGUCCACGGACGCCGAUUUAUCAGCUCGGAAUGUCACUCAUCGAUCUCCCGAGUUGUUCAAAGAGAUUGUCGCCAAGUCUUCGCAGAUUUUGAAGAAAAAAGUAUCCACUCCAAGUUACAAUGCACUGGGUGCAUUAGGCCUGCAGAUGGGAAGCGGAGGUUCUGUAUCAAGUGCUCAACAUUCGGUGUCGACGCAGUUCAGUCGAGGCUACGCGUACUACCGUUUGCAGCAAUAUGCUCAAGCUGCUGAAGAUUUCCUGGAGUGUUCACGCAGUGAUCCGGAUCAUGCCGCGUCCGCACUUUACAACCGCGGCUGCGCGUUGUACAAAUUGAGGCGACAUGCUGAAGCAGUCAAGGACUUGAGCAAAGCACUGAAACUGGAUUCGAAGAAUCCGCUUUUUUCCCUUCUUCACUACUCUUGGCUCGAAACACUUCGUCUUCCGACGGCUUCACGGAAUGAUUCACACCAGAAUCUCCUACUUGAGACUCCAGUAGAACCUCCCAAUUCUUCAGCCGCGUUGGCGUAUGAAGCCCAAGAAAGCAGUGCGAAAGCUUGGCUCGAACAGUUCUUAAACCAGAAUCCAGGAAGAACACGUAGUCGAAGUGAUGUGGCUGAAGCAGCACGGCUAGCUCGUUGUUGGGGAUUUUUCCGCGGCAUGCGACUGGCUAUGGUCGAGCGAUGUAUGAGGGAGGCCACGUACUACCGCUUCGAGAAUGACCAAAUUGUCGUCGAACAAGGAAGGUUUUCGUCAAGUUUCCACGUUGUGCUGGAUGAUGUAGCGUCACUAGUGAAGACUAUUACGUUCCAGGCCGUCAAGCGCGACAAACGCUGA